GGCCUAUAAGAUGGCUGACUAAGCAAUAUUCCCUUGAAUUUUCGCCGCUUGCAUUGAACUAUGUCAGAGUCCUCCAUAGACCCACCGUCCUCGAAACUUGGUACCAAAGCUCAUUGGGAUGAUGUCUAUUCAUCGGAACUUUCGGAUUUCGAGGAGAUCGGGGACGAAGGAGAAAUAUGGUUCGGCGAGGAUACUAUGGAGAAAAUGGUCGAUUGGACGCUAGAAAACGUACCCAAAAAUCCUUCUCCAUCCAUUCUCGAAGUUGGCUCAGGGAACGGUGCACUGCUCUUUGCGCUGCAUGAAGCAGGAUAUAACCCCGAUCGGAUGUACGGCAUCGACUACAGUGCAGACGCAAUCGCGCUUUCAAAAGCGAUCGCACAGUCAAAGGAAUCAGAAGACGCCGAUCAUAUAAGCUUCACUGUGUGCAACUUCCUGCAGGACUUCCCCGCAUUGUCGGGUGGCGGAGGCGUUGCAGUCUGGGAUCUUGUACUCGACAAAGGAACCUAUGAUGCGAUGGCCUUGAUGGAGAAAGAUGAGCACGGUCGUUCACCGGCCGAUGCUUAUCCGUCACGCAUCGCUCAAGUCGUUAAACCGGGUGGACACUUUCUGAUCGUCUCGUGUAACUUUACAGAGGGGGAGUUAAGGGGAAAGUUCGAAGUGUCAGGUCUCCAAUACCAGAACUUUCUGAAAUUUUCUGUUGCACAGUUCGCGGAUAGAAUUCCCGAGUUUCUCUUUUGGUGGAAAGAGCGGGAACGUGUACUCUAGCGUCGCAUUUCGCAAACUGAACUAAAACGUGCGCGUGUUGAACGCGAGGCAAUAUGAACGUGCGAUAAGACCUUAGGAUGGAUCGGUAGGCACCUUUUUCCGACUAACGGAAGGCCAAAAGGAUGGGCAGGUGGUCGUCCAGCUGGAGAAUGGCGAACAUACCUCGUACCUGGUACGUACAGUUCGCACGAAGGAGGCAGAACAAAUGCACGGUAGUAGUAUUCAGUUUACCAAAAAUAUCACGAUUAUAUUUAUGGUCGUCGUACU